AUGACCUUAAGAGAGAGAGGCUGGAAGGAAGUAUAUUUGAAAGCAAAGGACAAGAUAAAUCAGAAGUUAAGGCUGCGUUGGGGUGAGGCCCUCACUGUACCUGGUGACUGGCACCGCUCCAGGCAGCACUCGCCACAACACUCCCAGGCUGUGGCCUCCAUCUCGGAGCUCGCCUGCAUCUGCUGGGCCCUUAUCCUGCAGGAUGUUGAGGUGACGGUGACGGGCUUGUUUGCAAAGGCGCUGGCCAGUGUCAACAUUGGGAGCCUCAUCUGCAAAGUAGGAGCUGGUGGACCCGCCCCAGCAGCUAGUGCUGCACCAGCAGGAGAUCCUGCCCCCUCCACCACUGCUGCCCCAGCUGAGGGGAAGAAAGUAGAAGCAAAGAAAGAAGAAUCUGAGCAGCCUGGUGAUGACACAGGCAUUGGCCUCUUUGACGAAACCUCUUGUAACACAUUCAAUAAAAAGCUGGACUCUGUUAAAAAUAAAUAAAUAAAUAAAAAUAAAAGAGUAGACAGUAAGAAAAUCAAAUACAAUUGGGAGGUGAAGUGACAGAGAUAUUAAAAAUGAGAAGU